ACUAGACCAGGAGAAGGGGGCGGGGGCAACAGGAGAGAGACAGGCGGACCCCACACACCCACUAGAGCUGCGCAUUCGGAGGAGUAGCAUUGCCUCGGGGAACUCAGCACAACCCGGGUGCUCACCGGGGGAUUUCCCCCUUGCUGGAACUGACUGGAGAGUCAUUACCCCUAUCCUUUCCCCAGUAACCUCCCCAGUGAGGUUUCUUAAAGGGACCGUGCAACUUUUCCAGUCCUUCCUAGAAGUGCCUCGGGAGGAAAGGGACCCUUUGGGCGAUGUGAAGCCUUUCUUGCCUCUUUGUCUUAAAGCAACAGUUUCUCUGCUCCCUCAGACUGAUUCUUGAGUGAGGGUUGAGGCCCCUCUCCGCCUGUCAUUUCCAGACAGACACACUACCUCCUUGGUUCCUGGGACCUUCAGACCCUUAGCAGGAUCAUGUUCAUACCACACUGGAACCACAUCCUGAGUGUGAAGGUACAGCCCUGAGGCAGGCCUGGAAAGGGGUUGGGGGGUGGAGCCCUGGGGCUCCCCCCCAGGCUCGAGCUGGAGGGCGGAGAGGAAGCCGGGGGCUACGGGGGCUACGAUGAGAUGAGCGGAGGCCGCUUUGACUUUGACGAUGGUGGUGCUUACUGCGGGGGCUGGCAAGAUGGCAAGGCCCAUGGGCAUGGGCUCUGCACAGGACCCAAGGGCCAGGGCGAGUAUUCUGGCUCCUGGAACUUUGGCUUCGAAGUGGUGGGCAUCUACACCUGGCCCAGCGGCAACACCUAUGAGGGUUACUGGUGCCAAGGCAAGAGGCAUGGCCUGGGGAUAGAGACCAAGGGACGCUGGCUCUACAAGGGGGAGUGGACGCAUGGCUUCAAGGGACGCUACGGGACCCGGCAGAGCUCGAGCAGUGGAGCCAAGUAUGAGGGCACUUGGAAUAACGGACUUCAGGAUGGCUAUGGCACGGAGACCUAUGCAGAUGGAGGAACAUAUCAGGGCCAGUUCACCAAUGGCAUGCGACACGGCUAUGGCAUCCGGCAGAGCGUCCCAUACGGCAUGGCAGUGGUGGUCCGUUCACCACUGCGAACGUCCCUAUCUUCCCUGCGAAGUGAACACAGCAAUGGAACCCUGGCCCAGCAGGAUGCACCCGCCUCCCCCAUGGACGGCACCACCCUGGCUACCCCUACCAUCUCCCGUGGUGGCUUUGCCCUCAGCCUCUAUGCCAAUGCAGAGGCUGCCGCCAAGCUCCCUCGGGGCAGCGGUGGCUUCUUCCAGAGAGGCUCCCUGCUGGGGAAACUGAGGCGCUCAGAGUCGAGGAGCUCUCUGGCCAGCCAGAAGAGCCGGGUCAGCUUCCUGAAGAGCGACCUGAGUUCAGCGGCCAGUGAUGCAGCCUCCACUACCAGCCUGGGAGAGGGGGCUGAGGGGGAGGACUUUGCCCCGUUUGAGUCUGACAUUGAUGCCACCACCACGGAGACCUACAUGGGCGAGUGGAAGAAUGACAAGCGGUCAGGCUUUGGGGUCAGCGAGCGUUCCAGCGGGCUGAAGUAUGAGGGGGAAUGGCUGGACAACCUGAGGCACGGCUACGGCUGCACCACGUUGCCCGAUGGCAAGAAGGAAGAAGGGAAGUACCGGCACAACGUGCUGGUCAAGGGCAUGAAGAAGCGCGUUCUCCCCCUCAAGAGCAACAAGAUCCGGCAGAAGGUGGACCACAGCGUGGAGGGGGCUCAGCGGGCGGCGGCCAUCUCCCGCCAGAAGUCAGAGAUCGCAGCCUCCAGGACAAGUCAUGCCAAGGCCAAGGCGGAAGGAGCAGAGCAGGCCGCACAAGCAGCCAACAACGAGUCCAGCAUUGCACGGACCCUGGCCAGGGAGCUGUCUCCAGAUUUCUACCAGCCAGGCCCUGAGUACCAGAAACGGAGGUUGCUCCAGGAGAUCAUAGAGAAUGCGGAGAGUGUGAUGGAGAGUGUAGGCCGUGGAGAGGCCCCAGGCAUCCAGGAGCCCCCUCCAGAGAGCCCCCAGCUGCAUGAACGGGAGGCUUCCCUCCAAGGGGGUAGCACCCCGGCCCGCACCCCAUCCCCCCACCUAGCAGGGACACCCCCUGAGGCUAAGAGGCCUAGGCCUCAGACGCAGAAAGAUGGCUUCCUGAGCCCAGGAGAGUGGAAUGGAGAGCAGAGCCGAGAAGGCAGCCGUCCAGCGACCCCCUCUGAUGUGGGUCCUGGGGAGAGAAGUAGCAGGAGCCCCAUAAGAACCCCUGCUGACCACAUGGAGAUCCAACCCCUGCAGCCACCACCCCUGCAUCCUGCUAAGGAGCCAGAAGUAGCACUCUACCAGGGCUACCACAGCUAUGCUGUCCGCACAUCACCCCCCGGCCCGCUACCUUUUGAUGAGGAUGAGGCUGACGGCACUGCCCCCACCACACCCAUGACGCCCCCAGCCUCCCCAGUGUUCAAGCCGGAUGUCCAGCCUGAGGUGGAGGAGCCCCCAAGGGCCACCACACCCCCCAAGCCAGAGCUGAAAGCUAGGGCCCCCAAAACAGAGCCAAAGCAGCCACCUUCUCCCAUCAAGACGGACACCACAAGCCACACCAAGCCCACCAGAAAAGCAGAGACCCGAGGCUCAUCCAAGGGUGGGGCCAAAAAGAAGGGACGUCGAGAAGCAGCAGCUGCAGCAGCCUCGGAGGCUGAGAUGGAAUUGGAGGAGGCUCCCAACACUGUCCUUAUCUGCAUGGUGAUUCUGCUGAACAUUGGCUUGGCCAUCCUCUUCGUGCAUUUUCUGACCUGACGUGGCCUUGGCUCAGGAGUUCCCACCCAUGCAAAUGUUGGAUCUCUUUGCAAUGACUGGAUGCAACCGCAGCUGUGGAGAGAUGCUGAGGGCAAGAUACUGGACCCAGGAACUGGGCGCAGGCUUUCCAGCUCCGGCAGCCCUGGCCCUGAAAGAAAACUGCCCCGUGCUCUGUUUCAUUUCCCUGACCCCCAUCUGGCUUGGUCCCUCCCAGUGUGGGGUGAGGAGGGGCCCUUCCUCUCUAUGCCCUCUCUGAAUCUGAGGGCAGCAUCACCUCCAUGAGUGUUUGUGGCUGCACCUGCAUGUGGACCCAGAGAAGGGGACCAGAAAAUCCCCCACUCUUCCUGCUGUCUGGCUCUUGGCUGAGGUGUCUCCAGGAGCAUCUGGGGUACAAUGGGAUGACUCUCUCCAGCCCCAACCCCCAAGCCUCACUUUCCCAAGGCAGGGGUUUGGUUUUGCUCUCUGAGGCUGCUGAGGUUAGCCCAGACCCUCUUGUAGGAUCCCUCUAGAAAUUCAAAGAGCUGAACAAGGGGCUCUCUGAUUCAAGUGGCCAGGGGCAGCUGGGAAGGAGGGUGGCAUAAGGUGAGCAGAAGCACCGGAGAGGCAUUUGCUCUCCUUUGGGGCAGGGGGGGGAAACGCUGCCUUGGCUCAGGCCUGCCUCUCUCCCAUUUCUGCUUCUGGGCUGACACUACAGAGCAAGAUGAUGGCAGCUUAGACCCAGCCUACCUACACUAUCCCCCCAAAAGAAAGGAGCAAACACAAAUCCAUCCACUCCAGCUGUCUGAGGCCCAAGUUCAUUGGGAAAGCCACUUCAAGUGAUGAUGCCUUUCCUGAACCCAGUGGUGAAAAGGGGCUCCCCCUGUGGCAGAGGUGGGUCAGGUAGCCCAUGGAAUUCUGUUGGGAUGGGAGGCUAGGUGCUUGGAGAUCACUGUCUGUUUAUUUGGAGUGCUUGAAGAUGACUUUUGGCUUGACUGGUAGAGAAUGGCAUUUGCAUGCGCCUAUGUUUAAAGGCAUUUUUGUCCGUGGUGGGUCUCCCAGAAUGUGCCCCUCUGAUGUGGAGAGGGGUGGGUAAGAAAGCCCUGAAGGUAAGUGAGGAGGCAGAGUGGCCUGAGGGGGAAGGACUCAGAUCAGUGCCAGUCCCUUGGUGCCCUGGCCUAAGAGAAAGCUGGUAAGGAGUGGGACUAGCAGAUGUGUGGGUUAUGGGAGCCCAAGUCAGUGACAUGGCUGGUUUCUUUCUUGAUUUCUUACUUUCUUUGGUCCCUGUUUUUCUGGGAGGAGGGCAGCUUUUGAAGCUCCUCAGUUGGUCCUAUGUGAGGAGGAUUGCCUUCCAGAUCCUGCCGUAAGGAGGGGCAAUGGGGUGAAAAAUACGGCUUCUCCUCUCCUUCCCCUUCUCCCCCCACCCCUCCCCGCUUCCAUCCUGUGCUCGCCCAAAGCCUCUCAGAUUGGGAGGGAGAUGGGCAGAGAGCUGGAGCUGGGGUGAGGAACACUGAGCUUUCUCUGUCAUCUCUUUUCUCUCUUUCUCCAAAUACUCCUGAGCCCUGUUUCUGGACCUUGGGAUCUUGAGGACGUUUGUCCGCUUUGCCAAGGUUCAGACAUCAGCUUCCCUUUAGCUUGGUUUAAAUCUCAGCUCUGAUUUCUACACAGGGAGGUCAGAGGUUCCUCUCCUCUUGCUUUAGGCUGAGAUGGGGUACCCAGCCUGACUUUUGUGUGAAUGUGGGGAUUGACCUUUCAGAGGAGGUACCUAAAAGUACCUGCUACCUCAGGCUAGAACACCUCAAUCCCCAGGACUAGCAUGGAGCCUUUCAGACCUGGUUCCAGCCUUGGGAUGUCCCUCUCUGGUCAUGCCCAGGGCCAGAGGAUGAUGGCAGGGGGAGGUGCCUGUGUGCUAUAUCCUGGCCUGUCUGUCUAUCUUUCUGCUAUACUCUGUGCAAUAAUAAAGUUACCUGCUCACUUUC